CGCACACACACAAAAUCAUACAGACCAAAGGAAACAAAAAAGAAAGAUGACAAUGGUUCCGUUGAAAAGACAGAAUUCCAUAACACACUCUUGGAGGACGGGAGGCUGUCAGUUUGCGCGGGAAACACUCAUCAUGGUGCAAAAAUCUAUCCUGUCAUUCUUCGCCGCCAAGCCAGCGCAGGGAGCUGAGGGGGGCGGCGAGGGUGGAGGAAGUAGAAGCAGCAGGGCCGCCCCCGAGGAGUCCCCAGUGAAGCGCAGUGUGAAGCGGAGGAGCAGGAUGAUAGAGAGUGACAGUGAGGAGGAAGACAACCGGCCAGAUGAUGGGGAGAGAAAGAACAAGAAAUUAAAGGAACAAGAAGAAGAAAGCAAGAAAGUGGAGAAUGUCUCAGUGUUCCCCUCCUGGUCGCCCCCUGGGAUUCACCCCCGAGACUGUCCCUCCUUUGAGAAAAACAGGCAAGAUAAUAAUUGA